AUGUCUACCGAGGAUACUUCCUCAAAUGUCCUUUCCGACUCCCUAUCUAUACGAUGUCGUACCGACAGCGUUUGGAAAGACACAUUGAGUAUUGCGAACCCCUUGACCGUCGCCAGAGCCAAUCCUGCGUACCUUCGAACCCGCAUCAACGAUAUCUCCAAGACAUAUCCCAUCGGCCUUAACCAAGAAGGUCACUAUGUGCCUGAUAGGGAGCUCAUUGAACUGUUCAAUGAAGAAACCAUCAGAGAAGCUCUGGGCGAAGGCGUUGACGUUACACUUAUAGAAUUUGUCCUAAAGAAAGCACCCAAGACCUUUGCAACGUUGCAGCUUGUAUUCUCUAAGCCGAAACAUCGAAAGCUGGCUAUGGAAGCAUUCCAAAAAAGUGGCUUCACGGAUGAAUUGUUAGAUUGGAAGAAUCUGAUUGUAUGCAAGUCAUCCCCGUGUCCACAACCCAAAGAGCCUCGAUCCAAGGAGUCACAAGCCAACGAACCAUGCUCGCAUUUCUUCCCGUACUCAGCCCCAUGGGACGAUGUGAUCCUCUCUCAAUUUAAGACUCUUAGGUGGACUUUCCUCGUUCCGACUUUUAACCACGAGCGAUUUCGGUAUGAGUUCGACCCACAACGACUCCUACCAUUUAAAGUCAGAGCCGACUCGAAAAAGCUCAGCUCGGGCAACUUCAGCGAUGUUAUCUGUGUUGACAUGCUCGCUGACAAACAAACAAUACUCUUGCCGCCCCUACCCGAGACGAUCGCGGUUGCUCAUAAGACUCUACGUCCAUUGGAUGUACCAAAGUACGAUAUCCAUAUGGAAUGGCUCCGUGAAGCCGAAGCUCACAGACAACUCAACGGCAUCAGUGCUCACCUCGUGAAGGGCAUUGCUGCUUACCAUCGCGUCGCCAACAAUAGCGCCAACAACACCUAUCACAUCGUCUUAGAAUGGGCUGAUGGCGGUAAUCUGUUCGACUUUUGCAACAAGAGUAGUGAGCCUCAAUUAGAUGGGGAUACUGCAAGAAGCCGCGAACGUGUCCGCAUGUUACUUGAGCAGCUCUAUGGACUUUCUCAUGCAGUUGAGUGCAUGCACAGCAUGCACAAUGAAACUGCAACAUUCUCAAGGCAGAACACUGGCGACCUACUAGAAGAUCAGCAUGCAAAUGUUGACGUUAUACCAACUGAAGGGUCAUUAACGCCGGUAGUGAACAUCACUAAAGCACCUGUUGAGGAUAACCCGGGACGGGCGCGUCAUUCUGACUCGGCCAACUUCAGCUCAGGCAGCCAAAAUGAAGGCCCUUCCCUGCUAGAUCCUGCUCCCAGACGCCGUUCGCGUAGGGCUUCCGACGCGAAGAAUUGGAGGCACGGAGACAUCAAGCCAGAGAACAUACUUCGCUUUACUGGGGGCGAUCAUUCAGCAUGGCUUGGUACCUUGAAGUUGGCAGAUCUUGGGAGAGCACAGCAACACGAUCUUAAGACUGCGCAAAGGAGUACCAUCGAGAAAGAACGAUGGAGGACCCGAUGGUAUGAGCCACCAGACUUGUCAGAUGAUCUGCACCGGCAGGCCCACGGAAAGAUUUCCCGUCUAUUCGACAUCUGGUCCAUGGGAUGCGUUAUACUCGAAAGUGUAAUCUGGCUUCUGUAUGGUUCAAGUGAGAUCACCAGGUUUCAGAAGAUUGAGACACUCACUGCCGCUACACCAUACUGGAGGAAGAUAGGCUAUGGUAGUUAUCAAGUUACCGAGAGGGCAUCUUUAUGGAUGGAUCACAUUCUGAAAUAUGACACAAAACAAGCCAGUGCCAUUGGAGAUGUAGUGAAGCUCGUCAGGGACAGGUUACUCAAAGUCGAUCUACCCCCAGACUCGGACGUGUAUACGCCGGGAAAGAGAACCAACGCAAAGAACAUGAGAGAAGAAUUGGCACGUAUCCUGGAUAAGGCAUCCCGCGAACCUGGGUACCUUUUCGAUGGCGUCGACAAAUUUGGAUCGUCUCCCCCACCGGCAGACAUCUCCACCCCGAUUCAACAGUUCAGCACAUCCCCAAACCAUUUACUUGUUCCAAGCGGGGAACGUUCAGCCGAUACGCCCAUACCCGUAGGCCAUCGCACCAGAAUUGAGAAAGAGAGAGUCUAUACUGACAGCAUGACUGACGUCUGGCAGUAUCCUGAUGACCAUCGUUUUGCGGAACGAAUGAUCAAUCAAGACCAAACCCCCAACGAAGACGAUCUGUGCGAUCAUUGCAAGAAUAUCGACAUCAAGUCCCCAGAAUUGGUCUUUAAUAGAUCGAGCCUAGAAGCCGAUUGCGAACAGUGUGCACUCUGUGACCUGACCAAAAAGGCCAUUGACAGGGUGGAACUUCCAGCUGGCGAUCAGAUUCGCCUUGAGCGGGAUUUUGACUGUUUUUUCGCAUAUGGAUCAGAUGGAUCUAAGCUCAAGAUUCUCCGGGUGUGUUGUCCAGAUCAGGAAACAAGCGAAAGCCUGACGGAUGUGCCUGUAGGUGCCCCCAGCCUGUACGAUCCACCAGGUGUACCCAAGGCCGCCGAUGCAUUCAUGAGAUUACCGGGGGAGUGGCUGAAAGAGUGUGAUGAUAAGCAUCGCAAAACCUGCGCAGUGAGAUCUGAAAAGAUCCAGCUACCUAAGAGGCUAGUCGACCUCAAGAGUAAGAAGCCGAAGAUCGUUGACUCAGCAAGUAUCAACUUGGCCCCUGAGGCUGUACGCUACAUCGCCUUCUCCCACAAAUGGGGUAAGAUGCCAGAAGCCGCCUUGAGCACUAAGACCAAUCUACAAGCACGCAGGACAGCGAUACCUCCCAGGGGCAUUCCUCCUAGCUUUGCCGACGUCAUUGCGAUCACGAAAGCAUUUGGGUGCGACUACUUGUGGAUCGAUUGCCUCUGCAUCAACCAAGGGGAGGACGGUGAUUUUGCAGAGCAAGCUGUCUCCAUGCAAGCUGUCUUCAGUAAUGCUUACUGUGUGAUCGCCGCUGCAAGUGCAGAUGGCGCUGUUGAUGGGUUUUUGAAGCGGGACACAGAAUCAAACCCCCUUGAUGCGGUCAAAGUAGGGAGCGUAUACUUCUCGGCAGUGACAAACGAUUUCAGCCGAGACGUGCUCAAAAGCCCUCUGAAUAGUAGGGGCUGGGUGUUACAGGAGCGCGCACUAGCCCGUCGAACCAUUUUCUUUACAGCGAAUCAGAUGUACUGGGAAUGUGGGGACGGUAUACGCUGCGAGACGUUGCGAAAGCUGAAGCACGACGAGAUUGCCUUCCUUGGCGAUGCACACUUCCCCAGCAAGACGAUUGGGCCUAGCAGUACGCGAGGCGAACAAAUUCAUCUCUGGACUGCCUUAUUCAAGCAGUACACUGUGCUUGAAUUCUCGCACAAGGAGGACAGAUCUGUCGGGAUCCAAGGCUUAAUGGAUCGUCUCACUUCUACCUUUAGGACGCGCAGCCACGCCGGGCUGUUCGAAAGCUUCUGGGGUCGCUGUCUGCUAUGGCGACGUGUGCUGAAAGGACCACCGUUGACGUGGAUACCUCCUGGUAAACAUACAAUGAAGUUGCCGCCAAGCUGGUCGUGGAUGGCUGUACAUGGUUCAAUCGACUUUCUCAAGCCUGAGGGCAGGCAUGUGGAUUGGAACACAGACGUCGUAUUGCCAUUCCCGACGCAGUCCCUAGGUUCUUCUCUCCAGCCGAACACUCAGCCGCUGGUUAGCAUGAACGGCAAUGCAACAGGCGAUACAAUCCGCGCGACAGCGUUCAAUCUGAGGAUCGGGGCUGGAGAUACAGACGAGACGAACCUCUCCUACGAUGAUGGCAGGAAACAUGUCGAUGGAGCAGUGCGGUGCGUCAUCAUUGCUACCACGUUGGACAAGGCCAAUCACUAUAUACUGUUGGUUUCGUCAGCUGUACACACUACCGACGCAACACACGAGCGCGUUGGCGUUGGGUACUUAUCAGAGGAGUCCAUCGAUCGUGAGAGUAGUGAGCAGGUUGUCAUUGGUUAG